UUCCAGAAAUUUAUUUCCACCAAGGCCUUUGCAUCAUACUCCAAAACGAACAGUAGGUGAAAGGGGCAUUUGCUGCGCAUGAAAAAAAAUUACAGGGUCUGUUUUUUUGUUUAAGAAAUAAUGAUGUCAUUUUUAUUUUGAAGACGCUUUUAACGAUGGCGGCUGCCGCUGUGGUUGAUACUCAAAAGGUUCUCUACACACAAGAGGAUGUUUUUGUCCACACUGCAGUGACAAGUUCAACCUUAUAUGAUGAUAUUAUUCGAGGACAACUUUGCGUUAUUGAUAGGGCAGAUGGCAUCUUUGUUGACUGGCAACCAUUAUCAGAUUUAACCCCAGAACUGGAGUUUGAAGUGCACUCUUUAUUUUCUGGUCCACAUGAAUAUGGAGUAGUGACGACACAGGAAAAAAAUCCAGCAAUCACUUCUCAACCAUUGAGGCAGCGAUCCAAAGAUCAACCAUACAAAGUUAGUUUUGAUGUGGAAAAGAUACACUCUAUCAGGAGAUCUGAUCCGCGCUUGGCUUGGUCUUAUAUUGUCUUUAUUUUGAAAGAUGGCUCUACACAACCAGCUCUGCAUUUUCAUGGUGGAGGGAUUAAAAACUUGAUAUCGACUUUGCAAAGAUAUAUAUGGCUGACUAGAUCACCAGAUAAUCACAGAUUAUACGUUGUGCAAGAAAAAGACACUGCCAUGGAAUCUGCAGUAAAUCAAUUUGAAUUAUUCGUAGAGAAGCCAGGCGAUACUGUUUCGAAACUCUUAAACAACACAUAUUAUGGUACACUGAGUAGAUUUUCAAAAGUUACUCAGUAUGUCAUGGAAAGUAUGGGUCAAAAUGAUCUCAUAGAAAAAAGACCAAAUAGAGAAAGCACAAGGAAGCAGAAUGAUAGUGUUGAAGAAGGCGACUAUGAAUUCUUAGCUCAUGAUGAGCUAGAUGUUCUUGGACCUAUCAUUCCUGCCGCUAGAGGUAAUCCAUUACAACCAGAAGAAUGGUGUGCAUUUAUGAAUGAUGAUGGACAAAUAUUUGACGUAGCUCACUUGAAGGAGAGAAUUUUUCGAGGAGGUAUUCAUGCUGAUAUUAAGCGAGAAGCAUGGAAAUUUCUUCUUGGUUAUUAUAAGUUUGAUUCAACGUAUGCUGAGAGAGCUGAAACUAAAGCUGAAAAAGCGCGGUUGUAUGAAGUGAUGAAGCUCCAAUGGAUGUCCAUCACCCCACAGCAAGAAUCAAGAUUCACAGAUUUCGCAAAUAAAAAGCAUUUAGUUGAUAAAGACACUUUGCGAACAGACCGUAAAAAGCAAUUUUACAGUGGAGAAGAUAAUUUGAAUGUGAAAAAGCUCUUUAAUGUCUUGAUGACAUAUUGUAUGUACAAUUUUGAUUUAGGGUAUGUACAAGGUAUGAGUGAUCUUCUUUCACCCAUAUUAAUGCUGAUGGAGGACGAAGUGGAUUCUUUCUGGUGUUUUGUCGGUCUAAUGGAGAUCGAAGAAAGGAAUUUUGAAAUGACGCAACACCUCAUGAAACUACAGUUGGAAAAUCUGGGGAAGUUAGUGCAGUAUCUUUACCCUCGAUUUUGGAAUUAUCUGAAAACGCACGAAUCCGACAAUUUAUAUUUUUGUUUCCGCUGGGUUCUCAUCACGUUUAAACGAGAGUUUUCCACUGAUGACUUAAUGACUUUAUGGGAGGUACUGUGGACGCAGAAUUUGACACCCCAUUUUAAACUCUUCGUUUGUCUUGCAAUAUUGGAGAAAGAAAAGGACUUGAUGAUGAAAAAGAAUUAUGGUUUUAACGAAAUUUUGAAGCACAUAAAUGAUUUGAUGCAUAACAUCGACCUUCAGUUUGUGUUGUCUAGAGCUGAAUCGAUUUGUUUGAAAUUGCAAAAUACAGAAGACGUCCCAGAGGAUCUCAAAGACAUGAUCUUUUCUAUGUCAAUAAAACCUAAGAAAGAUAUUGAUCAAUCAUCUGAUGACAGUGAUAAACUUGACCAAUCAGAGUCAAUCGAGGACAAUGUAGUAUCUGUUGAGACAAUGGAAGUUUCAUCCAAUGGGAAAGAGACUGAGACUCUUCUUCAUAAUGCAUCAGGUGAAAGGCAGAUAGAUAACUGCGCCAGUACGAGGCCUUCAGAUGACGCCGUCAGUAGUAGGCCUUCAGAUGACGCCGUCGUCGAGCUAAAAGAGAGUACGAAAUCUGUUUUUUGACAAAAUGAGGAAUAAAAUAAGUUUUAAUGUACAGUAAUUUCUAUAUUCUACACUAUUUAUACAAAUUUUAAUCCUAUAUCUAAAAGUAUAUUUGAUUCGGGUUA